AUGACGGUGGUAGAGCUUCCCAGCUGCAUCGCUCAGUGCUCGCAGAGUAAUGGCUCCUACCUGUGCUAUGUGCACGAGCACGGCGAGAGCUUCAGGCAGCUGCAGCUCAACGGCAAGGACGCCAUUAACCCCUACACCAGGUACGACGUCGAGGUAUCGCGGGGCCAUAACGGCAGCGGCCUCGUGCACAUCCGAUGCCGCUACAACCGUAAGUACUGGGUGACUCGUCAGCGGGGCGACGCCUGGUGUAUCGCCGCCGACGCAGACGAGCCGGAAGAAGACCUGACCAACCCCAAUUGCACUCUGAUUAAACCAAUCAUUGUCACCACCACUGAUGACAGUGGUGAAUCCGUGAUGACCGUUCGGUUAGUACCACUUGAUAUUACUCCCUCCAUUCCUAAAUAUAAGUUCGUCGUCGCCGGCGACGACGACGUGACGCGGCGGCGCAUGACCUUCGCCAAGGACGACGCCUCUCCAUGCAUGCUCGUGGUGGACGACGAGCUUGACCACCACGACAGCGCGGGGGACGCGUUCACCGUCCUCAACCUGGAGAACAGCGCCAGGCUGCUCCCCAGCUUUGUCAUGUUCAAGGGCAACAACGGCAUGUUCCUG